AAACUGGAGACUUCCUGGGAGAUAACCAAAGAUCUCUCCCUUUACUUCCUCUUGCAGAAAUGAAGGAGUACAUCGAGGAGGCCAUUUCAACCCUUGACAGAGAUAUGCUACAGAUAGUCUGUGCUUAACCAUCAGGUGACAUGGGAGGCGUAAAGGGGACAAUUAACCAGUAUGAAAAAUACCUUUUCAUGUCCUGAGCAUCCCUAUAGGGAUGGUGAGAGGAGAGCCCAGGAUCAUGCCGGCUACAGGCAGAAGGCAGAAGGCAGAAGGGAUCCAAAGCAGGCUGAAAAUGAGCCGUUGAGCAAACAUAAGAAAUUGCCUAGUUCUACUCGAACUGAGAUUCUCACCUAUAAGCAGGGAUUCUCAAACUCCGAUUGUAGCAGAAUCUUCUAAACAGUUUACCAUUCAGAUUCCUGUGCACAGCACCGGGCAAUACUGAUUGAGAGUGUGGAAUGAGGCCCAGGAACCUGCAUUUUUCAUUCAUUCCCCCAGAUGUUUCUGAAGCAGGUGAUCUGGGGACUACAUCCAGAGAAACCUUCUCCUGAGAGUAGGUGGUUGUUUGUGAUGGAGGUUCACGGAAAGAACUGUAGAAAAAAAUCAUGUGUCUGAAUUCCUGAAAUGGUACCAAAGCUAAUGAUUGCAUCUGUUUCCAAUGGAGCUGUUUAACUAAUUCUCCCACUUCCAGCUUCAGAUUGCUCCUUGAGAUCCAUCCAGCAUCUCAAAGAGACAUGUUCGUGGCACCAAGAGAAGGUUUUGGUCAGAGAGAAUGGCUGAGUCUCUGUGACUUUAUCUUCACUAUUGAAAAAAUGACUCAAAGGGGCCAUCCUGCUGAGGUGGAUAAGCAGCUUGUCUCUGCAGACAGAGAGAGCCGUGCAGUCAUUAGCGAGCCAGCUCCCUAACGGCUUCCAAAGAGCAAGAGUAGGAAGAAGCUCCCCUUGGUGCUGGUUUUCCUUCGUCAUGACUCGUGGAGGUGGCCCAAGACUCUCUAUCAAAGAUCUGACUGGAAAGAAGAGGUCCCCUAGCCCUUUGACUUCAGUUUCAGAGCCCCUUUUAUGCCUCCUUGGGCCCCCAGAAUCUUCUUCACCUGCCCCUGCAGCUGUGCAAAACUGUAAAGCAUGGUCCACAGUUACGCAGGGCGUCUCCGUUGACAUGACCUCAACCCCCAGCUUAGUCAUGUUUUCAUUUCUCACGUGUCUUCUCAAACAUUUAAUUAUAAAAUACUUAAACAUUAAUUUAGACGAGUUAUUCUUUCAAACUCUUUGUUUAAAUAAGAGACCCCAAAGAGUCAUAGGUUUUAGUUUAUUAUUAUUAUAAUUUUACCUUUGUGCAAAUAAGAUAUGAUGAAAGUGCUCAUCAUCAUCCUCUGACUUAGUGGAGAAGAUGCACAGGUACCCAUACCUUCCGGAAAACAGAUCUCAAAUGGAAUUUUACCAGAGCAACACAUUUUAAAGCAAGAUCAGUGAGAAUUACAGCCUUCACAGAAGCUACAGAUUACUUCCACAAGCCAUAGCAACAGUCUCGGAAGUUCAGAUCCAUUGUAAAACUCUUGUAUUAGAAAUGUUAAUAACAUUGGCAACCAGAGUUAAAUGAUGUAGAAGAGCAUUUUAUGUUUUCAUUUAGUUUUAUUUGUUUCGGAUAGGGAAAGAGGGAUAUAUUUCCUUCUCCUUAACUAGCUAUGAUUUUUUUCCCCAGCAAUUGAAAGUGCCUGUUAUUUCAAGGUCUGGAUUUCCAUUACCUAGCACUGAGAGAAAUAAAAACAAGCCUGCUUUAUUAAAGUAUCAAAAUAUUUUUAAAAUAAAAUACGAAGAAGGAAAAAGUGAAAAGAGAAUUUAAUACAUUGAAUAUGAGGUUUGUAAAGUUUUGCAUCUAAAUGAUCCUUUCUAAUGCCUGGUUUCUUCCUCCCUGCCUCUGACUGGGUGAUUUAGCUGUCCAUCUCCUGACCGGGCUCCAGUGCCUGCCCACCACCCCCAGACCUUUCUCUACCUUCCCUCCUGUUUGUCAGAGGCACUAGAAGACUCAUCCCUCCCCUUGGCUUGUGACUUUCUCCCCUUAUGUUACUACACUUGGUUCCUUCAUUUCCCUUACGCUCAAGUCUACGCCACCCUUCAGCCGAUACCAGCCUUUUUCUCGUGCCAGGACCUGCCUUCUGUCCUUGCAAGACUGGCCUGCAUCUGCGUCCUCUGCUGUCACGUUUUCUGCCACCCAUGCCAGCCCCUGCUCACCCAUGACAUCCUGAAUGCCAAACCCAAAGCCUUCCCUCCAGCCCCCACCCAGCUUCGAUGCUGAGCCCGCUUCUCCUGGAAUGCUCCUUUGCAGGGUUUUCUCCCUGACAAAUCCUUCUGCAACCCCUUAUUGGCUUCUGUUCCUACCCUGUCGUUGAGCACUGAUAUUCUCCUGGGUCUCAUCCAUCCCUUGUCUCAUGUUCCUUCACUCACUCAUUCUCCUAAAGCAAUCUCACCCUUUCCAGUGUUCAGCCACCAGGCAUGUGCUUCUGGUGAUUAAAUCUACAUGUUACUUAUGUCUCUUUCCUAAGUGCAAGGCACUUGUUUCCAGCGACAUCCUAACACCUCCAUUUGCCUUCUCCACAGGCAGGGAUCCAACCUAUCAACCCAUGGCUUCCCUCCAGCCCUCCAUUCCCAGUCUCCGUCAAGACCACCACCCUCUGCUCUGCCUUGCAGGCCUGACCCCUUCCUGUCAUUCGGCCUCCACACCAUCACUUCCAAUUUCUGCCAGUUCUUCUGCUAAAAUAUCUGUUGUAUCCACCUCCUCCUUUUCCAUUUGUGGCAAAACUACUGUGCGUCUGGCCCUCACACUUUUUCCCCCUGCACACGCCUCCCAACUGAUUUCUCAUUUCAGCUCCUAUGUCUACCAUAAGCUUCUCUGUGUAGUCACAGCUGGGUCAGAUCCCAAGAUUUCAAACACCAGUGUCUUCCUGACACUUACACAGCAUGUCCCUUCUGCCCCAUCAGGCUCUUUCAAUACAAUGUUCAGUGCCAGCCUCAUCUGUAACUAUCGUAUUCCCCUUCCUUUUUACUUCCCUUCUCAAUCAGAGGUGAGGUCAAGUUCUAACAUCAGAGGAUACCCAGCUGAUGGUGGGCAGUGCAACUUGCAAAUACAGAGAGUAAUCAUAGAAAAAGAACACCGCUUGUUUACCACUGCCUCUACAAUCUGCAACCUGAAAACCUGUUUCCCUUGGGCCCUUCCUGCUGUUCCCCUAGCAUCCUCUGGCCCAGUUCGAGCAACUUGCUGGAAGGUGCUGCAACUCUUCUUCUCCCUCCACUCUAGCUGUCAGCCAUGCUUCAGUCCCCGCACGCCAGGAACCUGAAACUUCACUUUUCUCUGGAGCUUUCCGACCUCCCUACCUCUCCUGUUGUUCCCCCUCCCUGUCUUCCCUGUUCCCCCUCCCCUGCCUUCUCUGCUUGGCAAACCCCCACUUGUUCUUAAGCCCCCUGCCAAAGCCAGCUCCAGCUCAGCUGUAGAGCUUUGCCUACUUCCUUGCCUCUUGAUGAAUACCUCUUUUAUAGCACUUCUCGCACGCUCUUGUAGGGAACUACUGAUGUGUCCAUCUUUCCUGCUGUGCUGUGACCUCCUUGAGCUCAGGAAUUAUGUCUUCAUCUUCCUACCCCUGGAGCCUGACACAGAGUAGGAGCUCCAUAAAUGUUUAAAGAAAAGAACGAAUUACUGUCAUUGUUCCUAGUGCUGUGGAAGAGCAAUGGAGCUAGAAAACACAGCCCCCAUCCUCCCGAGGGUAAAGGUGGUAGGGGCUGCAGUGUGAAUAUACAGGAAACCUCAUAAGACAAGGCAGGGUAAGCAACAAAUACAUGGCGAAGUUGCGAGGAGGAAGCAUUGUGUCCAGCUUCUCCACACACCAAGCAACAGUCCUCCUUUCCUUCCAAAGCCAAUAGUCCCCCCUUCUCCUCCAGCUCCCUCCCUAGUCAGCAGGAUAGAAGGACUUGUGCAUCUGCCUACAGCAAACUGACUCAUACCACCCACCCAACCCAGUCACCUACCCAGAAGAAACAGGCUGGACAGGCACAGAACCAGUGCCUGUGUCACUAUCAAAUCCAUUUCUGAAUCUGCCCAAGGUCAUGUGGGCUGCUCGUCCCUGUUCACAGCCUUUGUUUCCCUAUAAUCUGCAUACUUUGUAAUACACUCUUCAGAGUUUAUUGCAAGCCACUUGUAUUUUCUCGCCUUCAGUUAAACUUUUAGGCUAAUUGGUCCCCAUUAAACUCCCCCUUCAUCAAACUUGCUCUUGGAAACUCUUUCCAAUCUUUGUAAGCCAUUAUCUUUUCUAUUGAUUGCCAUUCCUAUUCACUCUUUCUUGUUAAAUUACCUGACUUUCAUCUGUACUCUCCCAUUACUUAGCCUCUCUUUUCAAACGCUAGCUACUUACUAUUCUUUCCUCCUCUUAAAUGGUUCCCAUUCCAAGCCUCUGAACCUUCCCCUGUGUAUUUGUUAGAGAUUCUUUUAUUGCUGCCUUUCUGUGUCUAUGUUUAAAAUAGAGUUUUUGCAGUGUCAUUUCAUCAUAGUCUCUGACCGCCUGGACAUGACUCUUACUUUUUCAACCUUUUAUAUCCCUGAGAGCUUUCCUGUAAAUAACUCAUUCAUUCAUUUAUCUAACAGGUAGUGAGUGUUGAGUCACCUAAUACUUGUAUUGAGUCAUCACCCAACUAGGAAGAAAGACAUCACUGCAGGUGUUUUAAACAGAGGUACUUUAAUUUAGGGAACUGGUUACAAAAAUAUUGGAAAGAGUAGAGCAGCUAACAUUAAAAACAUUAGUUUUUGACAAGGAUUUGGACAAGGAUUUGGACAAGUGUUGACAAGGAUUUGGAACAACUGGAAUUCUUAUACACUGCUGGUGGGAAUGUAAAAUAAUAUAAUUUUGGUUGUUCCUUAAAAAGUUAGAUAUAUGACUACCAUAUGAUUCAGCCAACCCAAACUUAGGUAUUUACCUAAAUGAAAUGAAAGCAGAUACUCAUACAAAGACUUGUACAAAAAUGCUCAGAAGCUUUAUUUAUAAUGGCUCAAAACUGGAAACAAUCCAAAUGUUUAUCAACAGAGCUACAGAUAAAUUGCAGUAUAUUCACAUAAUAGAGUACUACUUAGCAAUAAAAAGGAAUAAACAAUUGAAAUAUACAACAGCAGGAAUUAGUUUAAUUAUGCUAAGUAAAAAUUCAAAAAAAUUAAAAGAAGUCUAUACUAUAUAAUAUACAAUUCCAUUUAUAUAAAAUUCUAUAAAAUGCAAGCUGUAAUCACAGAAAGCCAAUCAGCAGGCAGGAAAGGGGAGGAACAGAUUGUCAAGAAGCACAAUAAACUUUUGGAGGUGAUGGACAUGUUCUCUAUUUUUAUUGCGAUGAUGAUAUCACAGUCUGUACUUAUGUUAAAGGUUAUCAAAUUAUACACUUUAAAUAUAUAUAGUUUAUUGUAUGUCCAUUGUGAAAGGUAAAUAAAUCUUGCCCUAAAAUCACUAAGCUAAAGGGAAAAAUCAAGCUGAGAAUUCCUUAGGGCCAACGUGCCCCCCAUUCUAUUCAAAGUCAACCCCUCUGCUCGCUGAGAUAAAUGCAUAUCUGAUUCCUCCUUUGGAGAAGCUAAUCAGAAACUCAAAAGAAUGCAACUAUUUGUCUCAUAUCUACCUAUGACCUUGAAGGCCCCUCCCCACUUCAAGUCUGCCCAGCUGUGCUUUGAGUUGUCCUGCCUUUCCAGACUGAACCAAUGUUUAUAUUGCGUGUGUUGAUUGUCUCCCUAGAAUGUAUAAAACCAAACUGUGCUCUGACCACUUUGGGCACAUGUCGUCAGGACCUCUCGAGGCUGUGUCACGGGUGUGUGACCUCAACUUGGCAAAAUAAACUUUCCAGAUUAACUGAGAUGUGUCUCAGAUCUUCAGGUUCACAUUUUAGUAACUACAAGGGGGUUCUGAGUGGCAAUGUGUCCCUGAUCUUUGACAAUUCUCCUAUUGGUGCUUGGUACCAGCAUGAGCUAACUUUAUGGCUCAAACCAAUAGGACAAUUUGCUGAGGUCUGAGAGCACCCCCUCCAGAGAGUCCCUGAUCUUCCAAAAUUUGGUUGAGAUCUAAAGUUUAUUUUGCUGUACCACUCCUCUUUUUUUGAAGUUUUACUUGCUUCCAACAAGGAAGGCAAGAUUUCCUGUUUCCGAUGGAAGGCGAGUAACUCCUUUAUGGAGUUUGAACUUGCUCCCAAAAAAGAAGCUGAGUUUUUGU